CAUACAUUCACCGGAGGUGUAUGGAGGGACUCGGCGGCUGCAGCAGCGGUGCCGGACCGUCCUCCUCUCCUCUCUUUCACCAACUGCUUCAAAUACCAUCGACGUCAUUUUAACAAUUUAGCCCGGAGAAACCUACCGGACACACCGGAAGUGCCGCCAAGCUAAUCGUACCGCUCUCAGCUGUCAGUCGUUGGUUAACAGCAACGUGACAGCGUCAGGUCCACCGCCACCAGCUCUGUGACAGCGCUAGGUCCACCUCCACCUGCAGUCGUAGUGAUAAACGGACAAGUAUGUCUUCUUCCGCCGCACGAGACAACGUCGUUAAAAAGAAGCACGUUCGUUUCGCCAGUAUGGAGGACGACGACGACAACGACGACCAAGAAGAAGACACCCUGUUUGACAAGAGGAAGGACACCGGGAGAGGACUGAAAAGUGCCCUGAAGGCGGCCAAGAGGACGACGAGAGUGGGAUGCGACGCUAGGGUUGAAGUGGUCAGCGGGGCAGGGGCCGGGUAUGAAGCGUGCGGCCGGUGGAUGGUCACCCUCGCGCUCUGUGCAUCCUUCCUGGGCUUGGGGAUGAGUAUCUCUGUUCUUGGCCCCACGUUUGAAGACCUGGCUGUGAAUGUGAAGAAGAACAUAAGCAACAUUUCUUACAUCUUCGUGGGCCGCUCUGGGGGCUACAUCGGCGGUUCACUGUUAGGAGGCAUUCUCUUUGACUGCUUGAACCCCCAUCUGCUGCUCGGGUUUUCUAUGCUGGUCACAGCAUGUGGAAUGUGUGCUAUCCCUUUCUGUAAGCAGGCUCUUCUGCUCACUGGGCUCAUGUCCAGCAUCGGGAUGUCAAUGGGUGUUCUGGACACAGGUGGUAAUGUCCUCAUACUCAACACAUGGGGCAAGCAGGCGGGCCCUCACAUGCAAGCUCUUCACUUCAGCUUUGCCGCUGGAGCCUUUGCAUCUCCAAUCAUAGCCAAGCUGGUUUUUGGGCCUGAUGGGAACAGCAGUGCAGGAAUCAUAUUGACCAACUCCACACCUCCUGUUACCACAGAGCCAAUCACCAAAGCCCCUGAUGUUCACACAAUCAUCCAGUAUGUCCAGAACAAGAGCAGCACUCUUAAAUCCAUGUGGGCCUACAUUGUGAUCGGCACUUUUGUCUUUCUCAUCUCCUUCCUCUUCUUCAUCCUUUACUCUUGCAGCAGCAUUUCAUGUGAGAAAGCUCGCACGUCAUCUGGAAAGCCCCCUGUGGCCAAACAUCACAUGGCUCUUGUUGCCCUGCUGUUCUUCUUCUUCUUUGCCUACGUAGGUGCCGAGGUUGCAUAUGGCUCCUUCAUCUUCACCUUUGCCAAGGACUAUGUCCACAUGCCUCAGUCCCAGGCAGCUGGGCUCAACUCAUUGUUCUGGGCAACGUUUGCUGCCUGUAGGGGGUUGGCCAUCUUCUUUGCUGCCUGUAUGUACCCAGGCACCAUGAUAUUGCUCAGCCUGGUGGGCUCCACUGUGUCGUCCCUGCUCCUCUGCCUUUUCAGCAAGGAGAAAGUAGCCCUGUGGGUAUGCACUGGUUUGUACGGGGCAUCUAUGGCCACCACCUUCCCCAGUGGCAUCUCCUGGUUGGAGCAAUACACCACAGUGGCAGGCCAAACAGCGGCAACCUUUGUGGUGGGUGCAGCGCUGGGUGAAAUGGUGCUGCCUGCUCUUGUAGGCUUCCUGCUGGGAAAGUUCAGAGAUCAGCCCCUGCUCAUGUACAUGUCGCUCAUCACUGCCACCUUCACCUCCAUCCUCUUCCCAGUCAUGUACAAGCUGGCCUCGGCCCCGAGCGGCCAGAGCAGGAAACAUGCCAGGGGCCGUCCUGAAGCAGAUGACAGCGAAUAUCGUCAGGCACUGCUGAACUCAGGAGCCAAUGAAGAAGAGGAGGAGGAGCAGGACAACGAGGCUGAUCAGUGGAAUGACGCUGACUUUGAGGUUAUUGAAAUGGAUGACACAGCAAGUCUCAUCAGUUCACCCGACAAGGCUUCCUCUCCUCCGGACAUCACUGGUCUGACAGGCAGCUCUGCAGCCUCCAACAACCAGAUGUUGCAGCCUGCAGGUGGAGCCUCUUUCUCAGAUACCAUCUCCUCCCUGGUUGGAGACUCACCCAGACGCAAACUGCUGCUCUCUCUGGACAGAGAGAAGAGAGACUGAGAGUUCCUCCUUUUACUCCUCAGUGCUGCUUAUCACUUGAAGAGCCAUGCCUCUGCAUGUCUGUGCCGAUUUUUUGUCCUGAACCUGAUAACUCCAGUCUUUAUGAACAGUUGUGAUAUUUACUGUGCAGCACUGGAUGCAACCCUGACUACUGACCAAAAACUGUGCAGCUCAGAAAUUACCCAUAUAGUACUCUGACUCAAGGUUUGGUUUUUACACAGACUCUUCAGAAUAUUUUGAAGCUUUUGGACCACUCCUGACUGACAAAGGACCAUAUUGUUAACAGUGUAUAAUAGAUUAUGAUAAAUAAUACAGUACAUUGUUGAGUCUCUACAAUGAGACUUUAUUGACUUGCUCCACUCAACAGUAACGUCAAAGGUCAGGCUUGAGAGCAGAAGUCUCCUGGCUGGCAGAAUUCAGUGCCUUGCUUGAUGACAAAUAAGCAGAGGCAGAUGAUUUGAAACUGGGAGGGUUGGCCUCCUCUUUAUCACAUCACCCUGCUGCCAAAAACUUACGUUUAAAAUGUAAUUUACUUUGGCACUAUUGUAGUGAUUUUAUCAACAGCAGGAAAUGUGAUAUAAGUGUACGACUUGAUUCAAGUUUCUUUUUGUUGCACUUUUGUAAAUAAGUUUUAGAAGUCAUGUAUUGUAAUGUGUCAUAUGGUUGUCUAAAUCAUAUGUUUUCCCUCUGUGAUUCAUUUGGUUUUGUGGAAAUUGAAAACAUAUACAGAAGGCAUUUUCAUACAUUGACUUUUAUUAUAUCAAUCUCAAAUCUCCACCCACAGCAAUUUCCAUUAAAAACAAACAAAAAAA